AAAGAGGAUUGUCUUUUAUUUUAUAGGUAGCUACAUCAAGCUGGGAACCAGGCAGAACCAAAGGAUAUCAUGAAGUUUCCAGGGCCUUUGGAAAACCAGAGAUUGUCUUUCCUUUUGGAAAAGGCAAUCUCUAGGGAAACUCAGAUGUGGAAGGUAAAUGUGCCGAAAAUGCCUACAAACCAGAAUGUUUCUCCAUCCCAGAGAGAUGAAGUGAUUCAGUGGCUGGCCAAACUCAAGUACCAAUUCAACCUUUACCCAGAAACAUUUGCUCUGGCUAGCAGUCUUUUGGACAGGUUUUUAGCUACUGUAAAGGCCCAUCCAAAAUAUUUGAGUUGUAUUGCAAUCAGCUGUUUUUUCCUAGCUGCCAAGACUGUUGAGGAAGAUGAGAGAAUUCCAGUACUGAAGGUGUUGGCAAGAGACAGUUUCUGCGGAUGUUCUUCAUCUGAAAUUCUGAGGAUGGAGAGAAUUAUUUUGGAUAAGUUGAAUUGGGACCUUCACACAGCCACACCAUUGGAUUUUCUUCACAUUUUCCAUGCCAUUGCAGUAUCAACUAGGCCUCAGUUACUUUUCAGUUUGCCUAAACUGAGCCCAUCUCAACAUUUGGCAAUCCUAACCAAGCAACUACUUCACUGUAUGGCCUGCAACCAAUUUCUACAAUUCAAAGGAUCCAUGCUUGCUCUGGCCAUGGUUAGUUUGGAAAUGGAGAAACUCAUUCCUGAUUGGCUUCCCCUUACAAUUGAACUGCUUCAAAAAGCACAGAUGGAUAGCUCCCAGUUGAUCCACUGUCGGGAGCUUGUGGCACAUCACCUUUCUACUCUGCAGUCUUCCUUGCCUCUAAAUUCCGUUUAUGUCUACCGUCCCCUCAAGCACACCCUGGUGACCUGUGACAAAGGAGCGUACAGAUUACAUCCCUCCUCUGUCCCAGGCCCAGAUUUCUCCAAGGACAACAGCAAACCAGAAGUGCCAGUCAGAGGUACAGCAGCCUUCUAUCAUCAUCUCCCAGCUGCCAGUGGGUGCAAGCAUGCCUCUGCCAAACGCAAAGUAGAGGAAAUGGAAGUGGAUGACUUCUAUGAUGGAAUCAAACGGCUCUAUAAUGAAGAUAAUGCUUCAGAAAAUGUGGGGUCUGUGUGUGGCACUGAUUUGUCAAGGCAGGAGGGACAUGCUUCCCCUUGUCCUCCUCUGCAGCCUGUGUCUGUCAUGUAGCUUCAGGUGUUACCUUUAAGUGCAAGCUGAGGUCUACUACUCUGGGAGCAGGAACA